AUGGCCGCACAUUUAAUUAUACUUCUAUUGCUGUUCCAAUUCUACUUGAUUGAUGGUAAACCUCCGGAUCUUUCAAAACGGGUCGUUCAUGCAGUAAACUGCGGUGGGCGGCGUCACGUUGGCGCCUAUGGGAUAGUCUAUCAAGAGGACCAAAAUCCACAAGGAACAGCGUCUGACUACGGGACGAGGUGGGCGUUUUUGAAUGCGCCAGUAGAUGACCGAAAACUCUACGAGACAGAAAGGUAUUAUGAAGGGGAUCUGACAUAUGUUUUCGACGUUGCUAAAGAUGGAAACUAUGUAAUUAUUUUGAUGUUUUCCGAAGUGUAUUUUAGUGGACCUGGAGAAAAGGUGUUCCACGUGCAUGUCAACGACAUUCCAGUAAAAAGAAGCCUGGACAUUUUUCGGGAAGCUGGAGCUACAGGUGCAGCCUAUAAUCUUUAUAUUGACGUAUCGAUCAGCAAGAAGGAAUUAACUAUCGGAGACUUGAUAGGCGAUAUGGAUGGGGAACUCCAAAUACGACUAAUACCGGUGAUCGAUAAUCCGAAGAUCAAUGCAAUAGCUAUUCUAACGGGUACAUCAGAAUCACUGCCACCUCCCCCGCCGCAACUACAAACGCAACAGGAUAAUUCGCGUCGCCGCUCUAGAAAAAAGGUUAUCGAAGAUGACGAUGAGGAGGAGGAAGAAGAGAGGGAGAGUGUGACUGAAAAUGAACGGCAAGGAUGGCAGGAACCGAAGCGCGAAAUCGCUAGUGGUCCACGAACACGCAAUCCAUUCGAAGACAAGAAUGACAACGUCUUUGUGUACCUGGGUGUGGCAUUUGUUUGCUUACUACCGGUCGUCGCCUUUCUUAUGCACAUGUGA